CGCAUUGUUAACGGUAGCUGCUUUUCCCUUAGAAAUAAUUGGCAGUGUACUCAGAGUCAGAUGUGGACGAAACUCUUGUGAAUAAUGAAGAAGGUUUGAAAGUUGCAGGUAAUGAAGGUGAUAUGUGCUGGCAUGCCCAAAACUGGGACCAAAAGCUUAGCUAAAGCUUUACGUAUUCUCGGAUUAAAAGUCUACGAUGCAGACGAGCACUGCAUCUACCACAUGGAGGAAUGGAUCCAGGCAUUUGAGACGAGCAAAAUGCCCGACCUUUACCGCAUGUACAAGGACGUUGAUGCAGCCACAGACGUUCCCCCGAUGUUCUGGUAUGAAGAACUGCACUAUGCUUUCCCAGAAGCUAAAGUUAUUUUAUCUGUGCGCGAUAAUGCGGACGUAUGGUACGAGUCUUUGUUAUGGAAUCAGAAGGUACUGAAAGAGGCCAUGAGUCUAAGAGUAAUGUUGGGGUUUCUGUUGACUCCUACUGGUUGGAAGAUGUCCAGAAUGAUGUCUGAUAUGAUGAAUGCAGCUUUCAAAUCUACGAAUCCUAACGCUGCUAUUUUAAACAAGAAAGCUUACAGAGAGCACAACGAAAGAGUUAAGAACGUCAUACCUAAAGAUAAGCUAUUAGUAUUCAAAAUGGAGCAGGGUUGGGCGCCACUUUGUCGAUUUUUAGAAAUGGCGGAGCCUGAAAUUUUCUUUCCCUAUGAAAAUGUCAACAGCGAAGAUGUUAAAGCUUUCUUGCACGACUCGAAAAUCGCAACAAAGAUUUAUAGAGAGCUACAAAUAAUUAUUAUCGUCCUAUUUCCAAUCAUAGCUUUCAUAUUCUAUUUGAUCUUCUACCGAAUAAAAGAUAUCUAAAAUUUGAAUUUUAGCUGUUGCGCUUCGUUGAACUGAAUAAUUGUUUCUCCGCACUGCGAGGAAAUAAAAUAAAUACUUUAUUAUACAAAGAUGCGACAUGUUUGAUUAGAACCUUCUAGGCGGCUAGCUUGAAAAUAAUAUACUGUGAAUUCCCUUUUUUUCUAUUUUAACUCCAGCGAGGGAGGAACGAAUGACAAUCCCUAUCCCCUACGGAAUGUCUCUUACCGAAAAUUCUCAACUUUUUUCAAGCCUUUUUUAAACAUCUCAAAGAAGCUGUAAGGCGGGUUUUCAUUAAGGAAGAAAACGGAGAAUCAAGUGUAGACUUAGUAGCUUACGCGCUUGUGAAAAUCUGCGCCAUGAAAACACAAGUGGAACAGCUACGUUCCUUCCCCGCGUGCGUUUCGACCGCGCUGAUUUUCACACGCGUGUAAAAUCUUACGUCUCCGCUUUAUUCUCCGUUUCCUUCCCUAGUGAAAGCCCGAUCUAGUGAAAACUCGGCUUAGUGAAAACCCGGCUUAGUAAAACCCGGCCUAUUGAAAACCCGGCAUAGUGAAAACCCGGCUUAGUAAAAACCCGGCUUAGUGAAAACCCGGCCUAGUGAAAACCCGGCAUAGUGAAAACCCAACCUUUUAAAAGUAGGCCUUAUACGCUACCUUUGACUGAAGAGUAUCCGUCCGACUGAUGUUUUGCAUUUCCAUGACGCCCCCAAGCGCAGGAAAGUUCACCUCGUUAUUGGACGUCUUGAGGGCGCGUCCGGACAUGCCCUCGAGCGAGGAAGGGGAGUUCUUGGAUAGGAUGAGUGAGAUCGACCGCGAGCUGUACACGCUAGGGUCCUCGUCUAACACCUUGGUGCGCAAGAUGCUGUUGCCGAGUUUCCUUAAUUGCAGGACGGCUUUCUUUGUCAGUUCUUUGCUCUGGAUGAAAAAACGUAGAGAAUUUUCGCGUGUUGUUAAGGACUUCUUAUUGCGUCCUAGGCGUGCUCACGUACAUUUACGGCAUAAAGUCGAACAUUUUACAACAGUUUAAUGCAUUAUGGGAUUAUUAUUGCACAGGAUACUUGAAAACUAAAACUUCAGCAGUGUUAAAUGUG